AUGGAAAACAUUCCUUAUGCGUCUGCAGUUGGCAGUUUGAUGUAUGCACAGGUCUGUAUAAGACCAGACAUAGCAUUUGCAGUAGGAAUGCUUGGAAGAUAUCAAAGUAAUCCUGGAAUGGAUCAUUGGAAAGCUGCCAAAAAGGUUAUGAGAUAUUUACAAGGAAUCAAGGAUUACAUGGUUACUUAUAAGCAGGUAGACAAUCUAGAAGUGGUUGGAUAUACAGAUUCGGAUUUUGCCAAAUGUCAAGAUUCAAAGAAAUCCACUUCAGGAUAUGUCUUUAUGCUAGUAGGUGGUGCUAUAUCUUGGAAGAGCACCAAAAAGACAAUAGUUGCAUCGUCUACUAUGGAGGCAGAGUUUAUAGCAUGCUUUGAAGCAACUUCACAGAUCUCUUUCUUGAAGAUUUGA